AGGAAAAACAUCGAUGAAUGAACCAAACCCUAAUUUCUUACAAUGCUAUGCUGCUGGGCAUAUUCACAUAGAUAUAGAGAUACAGAAAGAAAAAACUUAAAGCACACACGCUUGACGUGGUAUUUAAUUUGAAUCAAAUCAAUAACCAUCUCUAUGAUUAUGAUGAUGAGGCUUUCAAGUUCAACCUCAUCCUUGCCCAUCUCCAUCAACAAAAACAAUCCUUUUUCCUCUCUCACUUCAUCAUCUACUCUUCGCCAAUCCACCUUCACCCAACUUCUUUCCUUCCCCAGAUCUUCCUUCACCGUCAAUUCAAUGUCGACCCAGAAACGAAACAUCUCAGCCGUUGCUUCUACUCCCCAAAAUGGAUCCGACAAGUCCUCUUUCCAGGGAGGUGAAUCAUUUUUCAGAAGCGUCUUGGCAAGAAUGGAGACAGUUUACUUAAAUAGGAACCCCACAGCAAAAGCCAUCUUGGACCUUGUUCAUUCAGUUGAUGAAGAUCGAAUUUGCUAUGAUCACUUUGCUUUUAGGACUUUUGGGGUGAAUGGUUAUGGGAUUGACUCUUUGGCAAGCUUUUUCUUGGAUUUUGGCUAUACCCCAAGGGAUGAGUUAAGGUUUCCUGCCAAAAAAUUGAGAGCAUUAUGGUUUUCUCCUCCGGUAAAUGUCGUUGCUGAUGGUGGUAGCCGCAUUGGUGGACCUUUGCCAAGAAUUUUUAUCUCAGAGCUUCUUGUAGAUCAAAUGAGUCCACAAACUCAGGAAAUAAUCAAGAAGUACAUUGAAGUAUCUGGUAGUGGAAAUAGACAUGCUGCUCUAGCUAGUGCACUAGGCUCUUUAACAUGGGAGAAGCCACUGUAUUCAGAAUUUCAACAAUUGGCCAGGGAAAGUGAAUAUGCUGCAUGGACCCUUGUUAAUGGCUAUGCACUGAACCAUGUCACAAUAUCAACUCAUCAACUGAAAUCUAACUUGAGAAGCAUAAAAAAUCUUAAUCAGUUCAUCGAAGAAAAUGGGUUCAGGUUGAAUUCUGAAGGCGGUGUCCUGAAAGUGAGCCCUGAUGGUCUUCUGCUGCAAAGUUCAACUGUUGCCGAUUCAACUUCUUUUGCAUUUUCAGAUGGUACAACUGAAUCUGUCCCAUGUUCCUAUAUUGAAUUUGCCGAGCGCUUGGUACUGCCUCAAUAUAAUAAUCUACCUGAAAAGGAGAUCAAAGAGUCCCAUAGGCGAGAUGGAUUUGAGGUUGGAAAUGCUGACAAGAUCUUUGAGAGCACUUACAAAGAGCAGCUUACCAGAAAAGAUGCAUGAACAAUGCUCAAGCACAAAUUCCAAAAAAAAAAUAAUAUAAAUAAUAAGACUUGGAGAAUGGAGUGUAAGAAAGAGAGUGGAAGUAGUAGAAGGUAGGUAUGUAAUCUCUACACAAAUGGAGUAAGUAUUUAGGCAAAAACGCAAGUCAUUAUCUAAUGAAGCAGGGUAGCUUUGUUGAAUGGAAUGGCAGCUGAAUUCCAAGAUAGUCUUGUUACGAUUAAAUUUAUGUCAAACAAUUUGCUCUUACAAGGUUUAAGGUUCGAGUCCCUUUUAAAUAUAUAGAUAUAUAAAUAUUGUUAUAGUUUUA